AUGGAUACAGGAUCCGCCGAGCAUUUUAUUUUCGUUACGCAGAUCCACUUUUCUGAUGCAAUUUUGGUUUGGGAUUGGCUUCUCGCGCUUCCUAGAGAAUGGCGUUUUAUCUGGAAAACGAGCUGGACGCCAGUCAAAAUCGCGUACUUGUUUUGCAGAUACUGGGUACUGGCAGUCGGCCCAGUCCUUCUGUGGUCAUUCGUCACCAAUCACACGUAUGAGACGUGCCAGAAAAUAUACAGGAUACCAGUCUCUCUUGCUAUGUGGAACCAAGCGGGAGCCGAGGCCAUUCUCCUCAUCAGGACUUACGCAUUCUUCAACCGUAACAACUAUAUCCUCGCCUUGCUAGUUUCGGCUCUGGGUGGAGUCGUUGCAUACCAGCUCUACGUUGCUACCACACAGAUGCUGCAUCUGCUAGGUGAGUUAAGCUUAAUCGCGCCUCUCAUGUACGAUACUAUGGUCACCAUCAUGACAAUCGGCAAAGCCGUAGCCAUGCGCCGCCGCAGCGGAGGGCCCAACAGUAGACUAAUUCAGACAUUCUUGCGUGAAGGCGUCUUCUAUUAUCUGUUGAUAUCCAUUGCCAACCUGGUGAAUGGAAUCUUCUAUCUCCAACCGCGACAAGACAUGUCCGCCAUUUGUAUCCCAUUGAGCGUACUGCUCGCACCCGUUCUGGCCUGCCAUCUCAUACUCGAUCUUCGCGAGCGCGGUUCCGAGACGGUCUCCCAGUCGGCCGGUACAAUCGCAUUUACCGCAGGUGUCAGCUCCAGCAAGUCGAAUCUCGGUUCUCCUUUCUCUGGACUCGGUUUCGGUUUCGGCAGCCCGUCGAGUGCCAAAGGACUAGUCCGUCCUACUGGUGUAGUCCUAAGCACGAUAGGGAGUAUCCCUGUGGAAGGCAUGGCGAUGUCCAGCGGCCUCGAGCUCGAAAAUCUUGAAGCAUAUGCAUCAGACGGCGGUUCAGUGGACAAAGACGUAGAAAUGGGUCUAGGGAGCACUGUGAGCGGAAUUCGAGUAGAGGUGGAGAAGACAACAAUGUGAUCGCAAAAAUUCCCUUGUUGAGUUGUGUCUGGUCAUAUUCUAUCGACCCUUUCUUCCGUGGCUUUUCGUAUCUCAGCAGCACUCUACCUUGUCCAGUACUCGUGGCCACCUUCUACACAUCCUCAUGGUUUUGCACCCCUCGCAUUGCACAUAAUUGUUCUCAAUUGUAUUCACAGGCUGCAUACUGUAUGUUGUCGCAUCGGUAAUCGAUAUUUUCGAAGGAGUUCA